AGUCACCUUCAGUUGUGUUCAGAGUUUUUCCUCCAAUGACGCACAGACUCACCUGAGAUGGAGUCAGCUAAGGCUUUGUGGAAUCAGCUGGGCUGGCCUCAUAUGCAUUACUUGUUUGCUCUACUUUGUCUUGUUACCAUUGCCUUUAAAGUUACAGUCUUGUACCUCCAAAGAAGAGAUAUGCGCCACAACUUCAAAGCUUUUCCAGGACCACCAGCACACUGGCUUUUUGGACAUGCUAAAGAGUUCAAAAAAGAUGGAAACGUUCUGGAUAGGAUUGUGGGAUGGGGAAGGCAGUACUCUUACACUGUCCCAGUGUGGAGUGGUCCCUUUGUUUGUUUCCUCAACAUUCAACAUCCAGAUUAUGUGAAGACUAUAUAUGCAACAACAGAGGCAAAAGAUGAAUUAGGAUAUAAGUUUAUUCAGUCUUGGAUUGGUAAAGGUUUAUUGGUUUCAAAGGGUGAAAGGUGGUUUCGGAACAGAAGGCUCUUGACCCCAGGUUUCCAUUAUGAUGUUUUGAAACCAUACACUAAACUGAUGGCAGACUCUGUUAAAACGAUGUUGGACAAAUGGGAAAGUUAUGCAAACACUGGCGAGUCCUUUGAAUUGUUCGAACAUGUGAGCCUUAUGUCACUGGACACCAUCUUAAAGUGUGCUUUCAGCUACAGCAGCAACUGUCAGACCAAGGGUGGAAGUAAUGCAUACAUCAAGGCAGUUUAUGAGCUCAGUUAUUUGAUUAACCUGCGGUUCAGGACAUUUCCAUACCACAAUGACCUGAUUUUCUACCUCAGCCCACAUGGUUUCAGAUACAGAAAAGCAUGUAGAGUGGCUCAUGAUCAUACAGAGGCGGUCAUAAGAAAGAGGAAAGAAGAACUAAAGGAGGAGAAGGAGCUGGAACACAUACAGGCCAAAAGAAACUUGGACUUUCUGGACAUCCUUCUCUUAGCAAGAGAUGAGAACCAGCAGGGUUUAUCAGAUGAAGACAUACGAGCAGAAGUGGACACCUUCAUGUUUGAGGGCCAUGACACCACAGCCAGUGGCAUGUCUUUCAUCCUCUACUGUCUGGCCUGCCACCCAGAACACCAGAAGAUGUGCAGGGAGGAGAUCAUUCAAGCCCUGGAUGGCAAGGACACC